GAAGUGUGAAGGGAAAAAAAAAAAAAGAAAAACCGCGAGCCGCUGGGUAGCUGAGCGUGUUGACAGCUGUUUAGCGGAGUUUCUCAUCAUUUGAGCAGCUUGGAGUGAAGAGGACAGCUGAAAAUGACCGCCGAGGUUUUCUCCUAUGAGAGUUUGGUUCACGCUGUGUCAGGAGCCGUGGGAAGUGUGACUGCGAUGACGGUAUUCUUCCCUUUGGAUACUGCCAGGUUACGGCUUCAAGUGGAUGAAAACAGGAAGGCCAAAUCCACACCUGCUAUUCUGGCUGACAUUGUGAAAGAAGAAGGAGUACUAGCUCCCUACAGAGGAUGGUUUCCUGUCAUCUGUAGUCUUUGCUGCUCCAACUUUGUCUACUUCUACUGCUUCCACUGGAUGAAAGCUAGCUGGCUGAAGAGCAGGCAGUCAACCCCCACCACUGACCUCAUUGUCGGCAUUGUUGCAGGUGUUAUAAACGUGCUACUGACCACUCCUCUGUGGGUGGUCAAUACCCGGCUGAAGCUCCAAGGCUCCAAGUUUCGCAAUUCAGACAUCCGGCCCACAAACUACGCUGGUAUCCUGGAUGCAUUUAAGCAGAUCGUCCGUAAAGAAGGUGUUGGCGCCCUCUGGAACGGCACCUUCCCAUCCCUGCUGCUGGUGCUCAACCCCGCCAUUCAGUUCAUGAUUUACGAAGGUCUGAAGCGGCAGCUGAGGAGAGGGGCUUCCAGAGAGCUUACAUCUCUGGAGGUCUUCAUUAUCGGGGCGGUCGCCAAAGCCGUCGCCACCACUGUUACGUACCCACUGCAGACGAUACAGUCCGUCCUCAGGUUCGGUCAGGUCAACACACCGACAAAAAAGUCGAAGCUGCUGUCCAGCCUGCAGACCCUGAAGGGUCUACUGGUAAACAGAGCGAGGAAACACGGCGUAUUGGGUCUGUUCAAAGGCCUGGAGGCCAAGCUGCUGCAGACCAUCCUGACUGCUGCCCUCAUGUUCCUUCUCUAUGAGAAGAUUGCCAGCAGUACCUUCAGAGUUAUGGGACUGAGCAGUGGCCACUACAAGAGACGCUAACCAGCAACCAGAAAUGCAACCCUGGACACUUAACAGAAAUGCACUGAUGACGAUGACUGGACGGGACCUGAUUUUUAAGAGUAUUUCGCUAAACAAAUGAUAAACCACUACUGAUGUUUUAUGGUGAUUUUCUAAUGUUUUUAUCUUAAAAGAAAUUAAUGAUGAUUUAAGAAGUGUGGUAAUGUUGCACAUCAGAUCUCCUCCUAUAAGUGUCUUUAUACUCAUUCAAUUUUCCCCUCAGUAUUAACAACAUGUGUACCUGCUUUAGGUAAUUGGUUUUCAGUCUUAUUGACUUUUCAUUGUCAAAUUGAUAAUGUAGAAAGAAAGAUCAGAGACAGUGAAAUAAGGUGUUUCCAUUGGUGGUCCUACAGUAAAAGUAACUGGUUCGAAUUAGAUUUUAAGGCUGAUUGUCUAUGUGGUUUAUGAAUUUUUUCAGCAGCUCUCAUUAAGCCAUUAAGCAUUGAUACUGACUUCGUAAUAUUUUUUAUCUUUUUUUUAUGUUUGAAACUUUAUUAACUAUUUUUUCAGUAUCUUUUGAUAUUUAGACAAGGACUCUGUUGACAGUUAUGUUGAUAAUCCCCUCUGAAUAAUCGGAGACUUCAAAUGCGUCCAAAGGCUUUCAAAGGUUUAAAAUGUGAAAAUCAAAGUUAUUUACCAACAUCAGGAGGUCUAGAAAUUGGAUACAUAUUUAUCCAAAACCAUUCAUAUUCCCUCAGAUUUUUCUCUUAUUUCCUGUACUAUUUCUCAACAACUGCCUGACAGUUCUACCUGGCACCUGUAGAGCAAAUUGAGAGUUUUUAUGUAGCAUUUACCUGUCAGGCUGUCAAAGAAAAUGUGACAUUUAGUGUGAAAAACUAUGAACAGCUUAAAGAGCAUCUGAUAUAAUUUUAAAGUAGUUAGUUCAGGUUUAAGCAUUUAUUACAAUUUUUAAUGAACUUCUGAUUAUCCAUUUCUAUCUCUGUCUAAAUGUACACUAUGCUGUAAUUUCAAUAAUGCUGCUGUUAAACCCAUGUAAUUUCUCCAUUGUUGGGACAAUAAAGGAUAUUCCCAAUCUAUUA